AUGUCGGUAAUUACAACGGACUCGCUCAGUCGCCUUCAUAUCAAGUACAAACGACGUCUCAAUACGUUUGCAGGGCCGUUCCUGUGGGAGGCAAGAUGUUCCUGGCUUCUCCACGAGACAGUGCAGGAGUAUGUGAGGGGAGGAGAAGGUGCUUCUGUCGACUGCGGCCUCGUGCUUCGCGACGAUUACGACCCACUCUUAACAAAGUCACCCCUGGAAAAACUGAGCGCCGUGACCGAAGAUGAUAAAGGACACGGUCUGCUCCUCGGUCUGGACAUGAAAACUAUCCGGCCUCUGCCCACUCCAUCAUACCGGGGUAGUGUCUACUACUAUCAAAUCUCUAUGAAAGAGGGACAAAAUCAGUGCGCUGCCUUUAUGGUGCAGAACCCUUCGGCACCACAGUGGGUUGCAUUUGUUCCAGCAUUCUACAUCCACCGGUGGAAGGGCAAAGGAAAGACUGUCAGCAGCAGCGGAGAAACCCACGUCUAUUUCCCGGAAAUGCCGUUGUCGGAUCGACCCACCGAACCCUUCCCAAUGCCCCUGGGCGCCUUUCGUACUGCCAUUGCCCAUGCUCCCAGAGGCGAUACGCUCUCUCUUGGCCUACCACCACGACAAAAGCAAACGGUGGUCCAAUCCAUACAACGGGAUCACUCCAAAGUUUCUGAUUUCGACGUGCUCAAAACCCUGCGGCAGACUUUCAAUAGGUAUUCGACGUCGUACCGCUUUGAAGAACUCACUUUACGACCAUCCGUGGGUGAUUUCAAGAUCGUAUAUACUGGGAACUCUCGCCAAUGUAUUGUCGUUGAACUGAAACGAGGGCUCAUGAGAAUGCUUCCUUCUGGGAUCGCCCAUCACGAAGCGUUUCAGACAGAAGAUCGUCCGGGUGAACCUAGACCCCUCUUUUCUCCAUUCACCUGCUGGGACUGUUUGCUCAGCGUAUCAGACAAGCGAGAUUGGGCCCUUUUCAUUCCGCAGGACGAAAUCCCUGAACCGUGGUUUUACGCAAAGAGACAUCAACGCUUACUUCUUCCGGCCCACAUCGUCGCCAAGUAUAGGGUCACAUGGAGUCAAAAAGCGACAGAGCAAACCGUGCGAGAUAUCGAAAGAUUACUGGAUAUGCGCCGAGGGCAAGGGUUAAUGGGUUCCACAACACACAGACCUUUUGUUCCUGGGAUGGAGGACCGUAUUGGGUGGCUGCCGGACAAGGAGAAAGAACCGGAGACAUCGUCGCUGAAUCCCGCAAAACCACUGAUCGGGACUGGACCGCGAUGGUCGCGCAGGCAAUAUGAAGCCGCUCAGACAGCUUGGUUGAGGGUCUUGUGUGAGAAAAAGAAAUACGGAGCCGUCUACGACCUUGGAUAUCACCCUUCUGGCACACAUGUAUUUGUGGCCGGCAAGUGGCAAGGACAACAACCUCCCAGCCUCAUCUGCGACAUUCCACCACAUGCACGAUUGCUCUUUCUGAACUUUGCGCAGGCCAGGAGUAUCGAACAGAUCGGAAUCUGCGACCGACGACGCCAAGUACAGUUCUUGCAUGCCACGCAUGGUCUGAGCCCAUCGAUCUACAUUAUCAGCCCAUACCCCCGGGAGUUCGAAGGCUUGAACCUCUACCGAUACGUGGUGCCAUCAGAGAUCAUCGCCGAGGACGACGUGCGUGAGGAGCUCAACCAGAAAGCCAUCGACGCCGCUGUUGGGUGGUCAAAAAUAACGCGAAAUGCCCGCCCCAUUGUUGACCGAGACAAAUACUUCGUGGCAACGUUUGCGGUGCGUGAGGACGACAUCGUCGACCAGUUUCGUCGCUUUGCUGAAGCUCGCCCGGCAACAUCUGAGACCAGCCCUACAAGCCUACAAGCGGCGAACCCUAGGAAGUACUUUAGCACUCAGCGCGAAGCACUCAGGCAGUUCAUACCAUAUCAAAUGGGUCGAGUGGAAUUCUUACGGGUGGUCGAAGCUGCAGAAGACGAGACGAUAGAUGAUGUCUAG